AUGGCCGAAGGGAUUGACACCUUGCAAUCCCUGUACUCGCGUUCGGGAAGGUCGUUUUCCGACGGCCCUUCUUCAAACGCAGCGGGUGGGUCUCGUCGUACUGCUCGACGAGACCAAGGACAUCAACAAUCAGCUGGGCACGAGGCUCCCAGCUAUCUCACGCCGGUGGAUAGCCAUACUAGAGGACGGGGUAACUCGUCCGGACGCCAUUCACAUCGCGGUGGUUCAAAAUAUGCUCCACUAGGAAGCGUUGACCACCGCUUGAGUCCACCAAAGGAUGUGGUGGAGGUGGGAACACCUGAUCAAGCUCGAGGGUCGGAUCAAUUUGAACUUUAUGUUCAAGAGCUGAACCGUCUCACGGAACAGUUGCAAGAUGACCUGGCUCAUGAACGGUCUCGGCGUUAUGGGCUUGAGGAUCUUGUAAGGAAUAAUUACAAUUCCCUAACGCACGAUCGUUCGGACGAUCGUGCCGCUUUUUCGUUUGCGCAACUUGAGAACGGACGUUCGACUCUUUUUCUUCGUGAAGAGCUGGCUGUAGCUCGUCGAGACAUCGUUCAACUGCGCGAACAGGUCACUUCGCUAGUCGACCAACUAGCUCUAUCAAACGGGCCACUCGAAGAUGGUCUCGGCUCUCGACUGCGGAGGUGUUCUUCGUAUCUCGAAACGGGCCCGUACUGA